UGCGUGCUCACGUGACAGGUCCGCGAGGCUCCGCUCGCGCAGUCGUCUGGACGAGCGAAGAUGGCGGCCGAGAGGGAGCCUCCUCCGCUGGGGGACGCGAAGCCCACCGACUUUGAGGAGCUGGAGGACGGAGAAGACCUGUUCACCAGCACUGUGUCCACCCUCGAGUCGAGUCCAUCAUCUCCAGAACCAGCCAGUUUUAAUGCAGAAGAUGUCAGUACAAACUCUAAUGGCCCGAAACCUGCAGCGGUGGUGCUAGAUGAUGACAGAGAAGACCUUUUUGCAGAAGCCACAGAAGAAGUUUCUCUGGAUAGUCCAGAAAGGGAACCUAUCCUGUCUUCAGAACCUUCUCCUGCAAUCACACCUGUGACCCCUACUACAAUCAUUGCUCCCAGAAUUGAAUCCAAGAGUAUGUCUGCUCCUGUUAUCUUCGAUAGAUCCAGGGAGGAGAUUGAAGAAGAAGCAAAUGGAGAUGUUUUUGAUAUAGAAAUUGGUGUAUCAGAUCCAGAGAAAGUUGGUGAUGGCAUGAAUGCUUACAUGGCGUAUAGAGUAACAACAAAGACCUCUCUUUCCAUGUUCAGUAAGAGUGAAUUUUCAGUGAAAAGAAGAUUCAGUGACUUUCUUGGUUUGCAUAGCAAGUUAGCAAGCAAGUAUUUACAUGUUGGUUAUAUUGUGCCACCAGCUCCAGAAAAGAGUAUAGUAGGCAUGACCAAGGUCAAAGUGGGUAAAGAAGAUUCUUCAUCCACUGAAUUUGUAGAGAAACGGAGAGCAGCUCUUGAAAGGUAUCUUCAAAGAACAGUAAAGCAUCCAACUUUACUACAGGAUCCUGAUUUAAGGCAGUUCCUGGAAAGUUCAGAGCUGCCUAGAGCAGUUAACACACAGGCCCUGAGCGGAGCAGGAAUAUUGAGGAUGGUGAACAAGGCUGCAGACGCCGUCAACAAAAUGACAAUCAAGAUGAAUGAAUCGGAUGCGUGGUUUGAAGAAAAGCAGCAACAAUUUGAAAAUCUGGAUCAGCAACUUAGGAAACUUCAUGCUAGUGUCGAAGCCUUGGUCUGUCAUAGAAAAGAACUUUCAGCCAACACAGCUGCCUUUGCGAAAAGUGCUGCCAUGUUAGGUAACUCUGAGGACCACACUGCUUUAUCUAGAGCUUUGUCUCAGCUUGCAGAGGUAGAGGAGAAGAUAGACCAGUUACAUCAAGAACAAGCUUUUGCUGACUUUUACAUGUUUUCAGAACUACUUAGUGACUACAUUCGUCUUAUUGCUGCAGUGAAAGGUGUGUUUGACCAUCGAAUGAAGUGCUGGCAGAAAUGGGAAGACGCUCAAAUUACUUUGCUCAAAAAACGUGAAACUGAGGCAAAAAUGAUGGUUGCUAACAAACCAGAUAAAAUACAGCAAGCUAAAAAUGAAAUAAGAGAGUGGGAGGCAAAAGUACAACAAGGAGAAAGAGAUUUUGAACAGAUUUCUAAAACAAUUCGAAAAGAAGUGGGAAGAUUUGAGAAAGAACGGGUGAAAGAUUUUAAAACUGUUAUUAUCAAGUACUUAGAAUCAUUAGUACAAACACAACAACAGCUGAUAAAAUACUGGGAGGCAUUCCUGCCUGAAGCCAAAGCCAUUGCCUAGCAAGAAGAUUUCUGUUACGAAGAUCUUGUAUGUUUGUUCCAGUUAUGCUGAAUUCCGCAGUGAAAUCAUUUAAAACCAUCUAAAUAAACCACUCUAUAUUUUAUGAAUUACAUGUGGUUUUUUUAUAUACAUAUAUAUGUGUAUAUAUAUAUAUACUCUGACAUUUUAUUACAAGCUGCAUGUCCUGACCCUCUUGGAAUUAAGCGGACUGUGGCAUGACGUUCUGCAAUACUUUGCUGAAUUGAACACUAUUGUGUCUUAAAUACUUGCACUAAAAAGUGCACUGCAAGGCCAGAAAAUUUUACAAUAUUUUUUCUUUACAUUCUGUAGUGUGUUCACCCUCUUUAUGAAGUGAAUUAUCAAUGCGUUGAUUAAUGUUCACUUACACAUUCCUGUACAGAAAUUAUGUUUUUGUGAUUACAGUAAUAAAAUGAUAUUCCUUGUGAA